GCCUUUUUCUUGCAUUUUUGGUCAAUUUAACAAUCGCAAGAUAAACUUUUUGAAAUUGUAGGCUUCUACUUCAGUGGAUUAGAGUGAAUGGGCAUCUCAGUUGGAGUAGAGAAAGGGGUUAACUUCUUAAGCCAAGUUCGUUUAAGUCACGAGGGAGAUGGGCCGAAAGUGGCAAAGCGUUUAAUCGAGGUGUAUUUUGCACUAUUUAAGGUAUUGAUUUCUGAUGCCAAUAGGGAGCAUGGGACAAACAAAUGCAGUAAAGAAAAAGCUAGAAAAAUUUCUAGUUCAAAAUGUAAUCCAAAGAAUGCUCCUCCAGAAUCUCACGUUGAGAUGGAUUCCCGAAAAGGGAAAGAUUGUACACUUUAUUUAGUAUAUGUUUGUUAUGAAGAAUCAACUUUUCUCUAUAUAAUUUUUUUGAACUAA